GCUGAAUAGAAGACUGCUGGUACUAGUCGUAUCUUUGUUGCCAAGGAAAAGGAAGCCCUCUCGAUUACAACUACAUCAGAAAAAAUUAUUGCGAUUAAACAGCAAGAAAUUUUCUGGCAUUUUUGUAACACAACUACAAGUAAAAGUGUAAUACAUGGAAAGAUGGUAAAUGCACGAGGCGUACCACCUACGACGGUGCCAGCUUAUCGCCGAAGAUCGCCGCCCGCGCGAAGUGCAGGAGCGGUUUUGUCUCAAGUGCAUGCAUCUGGAGCGACGGGCGGGAAAACAUCUAAGGUACGGUCGUGUACUAUAGAUUUAAUUCUUUUAUACUUAUUCUGGGCACUGCUUUGAUUUUAAUAGCCCGCGCACCGAUAUUUUCGAGAUAUCAAAAGUUGCCGUUGAUCGCAUGUCUUCUACGUUUUUUAGGUCCCUCUGCCGCUUCACACGAGACAUGAGGUACAGCAGGGUCCCUCGAGCGGAACUCCGAUUGCCCGUGCACGACCUCAACAAGGAGGUAGCACAAGUGCCAGUACGCCAAUCCGUGGGAUGGAGACUAGCAGCGGUUCUAGCCCUUCCAUCGUGCCUCGAUAUCCACCUUCGAAUGCCACUAGUAAUAACUCGCAAGUAAUGCAGCACGAUCUUCCUCACCCGACCAGCGGCGCAGCUGCCGAAAUUCUCGGAUGGCGUGAGACGCAGAAGACCCUUGAAGCCGAAGUUGCGCGGUUGAAACGCAUGACGCAGUUAAAGACACGAUCGCUUUUGGGGGCGCAAGAGGUUAUCGAGAAGAACAAAGCAGAAGCGCAUGAGCGGGAGAGAGCUCUGUCUACCGAAGUCGAGGCCUUGCGGGCUGAGAAGAGACAACAAGGUGGGAGACUGCAACAGUUGCAGUCAGAACUUGUGGAGGCGCGCAAAAGUCUUGCAUCCGCGAGAGACGAGGCUGCGAGAGCUCGGCGCGAGGACCGUGAAGGACUAGAAUCGCAAUUACAGGCAGCUAGGACCGAGCUCGAAGCUGCCGAGCGCAGUACCGCAGAAAAGCUGCGCGUUUCGGAGACGCGGCUGCGCAAGAAGCUUGAGGGAGAGUUGGCAACGAAGCUGGAGUCCGAGGGAGCGAAACUGUCUAGAAUGUCAGCCGCCGAAAAUGACGGUUUGCGCAUCGAACUAGAGCAAGCGCGUAAAGAGAGCGAUCGUCUAAAACGGGAUCUGCGAAAACUGCGGGAAACAACCACCGCCAAAGUGGACACCGCGGAGGAGAUUCGACGAGAAAACCUGCGAUUACGAACCGAGAUCACAACGGCAGAGAAACGCCUAGCACAGCAAGAGACGAAGGCACAUAGCGAGCUUUCCCAAGUCGUAGCAAAACACAAGGCAGAAGUCGCAGGUAGUUGUACUAUUGGAGAUCCAUUUCCAUUUCAUCGUCUUCGUCCUUUCCAUAUUAUCGGGUUAGUUUCGAGUUACUCGAGUUGCAACGAGUUACUCGAGUUGCCGAAGCGAAGGGCUUCAAUUCUGGAACGAGUUGCCACGAGUUGCCGGAAGAUAUCCGCCCCACCGGAAUGCGGCGCAGCCGGGCGGUAUGGGCACGGUUUUGGCUGCGCGAAGUGAAGAAGUGGCUGCUUUUGUUGUUGCUCUCUCACGAGAGGGGCAAUCGGUUGCGAAGGGCUCCCCAGCGAGCCCUUCCGGCGUUUUUUCUUGUAGCGUGUGGGCGCGCGUUUGAAGCGCAGGCAUUAAGGGGCCGACGGCUUCGCCUCGUUGCCGUUUUUGUUACUUUGAGGGUGAAGAGUGUCGCUGUGGCUUGUCGUUGGGUCGGUGCCAGUCUCUCCCUUUUGUUUUUCUUCGGAUGUGUGCGUGGCCAAUGAGUAGCUUUUGGGGCUAAGAGUGAGCUCCCGUCUGCUUUGGAGAGCGGCCCCCUCAGCCUAGGAAGGAAGUGAGUGGCCUGGGGUAUGUGGUGGAUGCCUUGCGUGUUUGAUCAAGUGGCUGGGAGGAGUUCCUGAGCUGAAGACGGUCGCUCCCUCUCGUCUCUGGUGCGCAUUAAGAAGAAAGCCAGGGAUCGGAGGCAUGGCGUGAAGUGUCGCGCGCUCCUGCUAAGGUGUCUCGCAGUCUCAUAAAGCUGCACCCGAAGGGCGCCGCGCAAAAAAUCACGGUGAGCAACCCGAGCAACCUGAGAAACUCGACCCGUGACGGGCCAAAAAAAUCCUAGCUCUACCUUCAAUUAGCACGCUUAAUAUCCACUGUGCUAAUGGUGCUGCGGGGCCCGUUCUUUCUGCAACACAACUCCCGCAUCUGCCGCCAUUCUUCAGCCUUACGCUGUGAGCUUGCUAGCGUGCAACGGCGACACGAAGAGAGUCCCGAACUCAGUGACAAGCUGGAGCAGCAGGAAGAAGAACACCAGAUGCUCGUUUCCGAGUUGCGCUCCGAACUGCUUGCUGCUGAAGAGAGGUGUACAAAACAGCUUCAAGAGCAUCGCAAAGCCCUUCGGGAUCAGGAGCGGCGGCACAUAGAAGAGGUGGAUUCGAUUUCUAAAGUGAAUAUCGAAGAGAUGGACGCCUUGCGGAUCCGACUGGAGCAGAGAGAGGAAGAAGCAGCCGCAAUGUCCGAGCACGUAGCUCGCAGCGACGACCGGUACGAGAAACUACGCGCGGAAAGUGGGAGUUUACGUAAAACGGAGAAGAAGUUGGCGGACGUCCAGAAAAAACUAGCUGAGAUGGAACAACGCGAAGCAGAGUGGAAACAACAAGUAGCGGAUGAGUGUGCAGAAUUUGAAAAAGUCGUACGAGAAACAUGGCGCAGAAAAUGGGACGGAUUUGCAGUAAGGUUUUUUUUUGAGGGCACACGGAUUAGGAUUUGUUGCAGUAAGAUGGAGAUCGUAUCUUCUAUUUAUUAGAUAUGUUUUUCUUUUUACAUAGAGUGAGAUGCGCCUCUACAUCUGCAGCAUCUUUUAUUCCGUAGAUAUUGUCAUCUGCCAUGGCCAUCAAAAACGAAUCGGCGUCCACCUUGUCUUGAUGAUAUUAGGCCGACGUAGUCGAGUCAGCGAAUGAUUAUCGGCGAAAGUGCACCAAGCAGGCUGAGCAUAUUGCAGCUCUUGAGGCGGCACUUGAGGACUUACGCUUGCGCGACAAAGUGGUCCUUUCCGAGUUGGAGGAUCGCAUGCGUGAUGACACGAGACGUGAGGAACUGUGUCGUCGUCUACUGGAUGAGGAUGAGCAAGGUCUUGUCGCGCAACAAGACGCAUGGGUAGAAAACGAAGACCAUGUUCCUAGUGCGAGAACGGAGGAAGUCGCGAUAGAGCUGGGUGUGGGAUUAAGAAAUCAAGAACAAGAGGAUGAUUUUGUUGGACCCACGAGUGGUGAACAAGAACAACACAUCCAAGGAGCAGAGUUCAACAAUCAGCACGUGCUCGAGCAGGGUGUGUACGAGCAGCACGCUCCGCGAGAGCAGCAGGUGGCUCCGAUGGAAGCUCCUGAAGACCAGUUUUUUGACGCAGAAGAUGGAGGUCCUGGAUCUGAAGUGCGGCUCUUCCUUGCUGGCGCAUCGUCCCAGGCCCAGCUCAGUCAGGACCAAUACGUUCGCGUCGCCGCAAGUUGCAGUAAGAUAGGGAGUACACCUGUAGAGUUCGCCGCUCGGCAAUCCACUGGUCUAAUCUCAGACAACAUUGAUAACAGCGAUGCGCGUGCGGUGUUCGAAAGAAUGAUGGCAGAACAGAAAACUGGCACGAUCCUCUCUGGAGGCGCGUCGAAAGCGACGACCACAGGAUCCUACCAGAACGCAUAUUACGAUGGAUCCUCGACAUCGAAAGAGGUACUUAGAAGAAGUAUGACCUACAGUCUUCAUUCCUGCCCGAUAUGGAUAGAGCAAACCUACAUGCUUGAAGGGCAGUAUGAACACGUGCUUAGAACUUGACUUUUCUUUAGAAACAAGCUUAUGGUGGCUUAGGUCUAGAGUCUAGAGACGCUCAAGGCCACGCUUGGGAGAGGCGGAUGGCUCCCCUCCCCUGCCGGCUUGAGAUAGUUUUACUGUUUUCUUUCAAGGGGUAGGAUGGAAUCUUUUGUAGGUCCUUCUGUGGCUCGGGAUAGCCUCUCUUUCCCCCUCCUCCCUUCCGUGCUUACUCGCUCACUGCCCUCCUUGUCUAAGGCCUUUCAGUCCCUUCGCCUUGCAUCUCUUUGAAUACUACUAGUACAUCUACAUCUCUAUCUCAUACUCAUCUUUCUGUUCCUUCUUUUCGAUUUCGUAAUUGUCCACCCAGCUUGAUUUUCUAUCGAUUCAUUGUGUCUGUCUUGCAUAUUGCAGAGUAGUUUAUAGCACGCAUGGCGCAUGGAGUAGCAUGAAGCGCAUGAAGCGCAGAGCUUUAAGGGGCGCAAGAGGCUCCCCCUUUAGCUCCAUGCUACUCCAUGUGAUCCAUGCACUCCAUGCCAUGCGAGCCGUGAAACCUUAUAAAUUGCUCUGAUAUUGUAAUCAGGUAAUGGGGUCCUCGACGAUUUGCGAAGAAGGUACUAGAAGAAGUACAGCAGAAGAUGGCGCGGUGGGCAUGUCGCAACAUCAAAUAGCAAAGCGGCAAUCUCCGGGACCAAAGCGACCGACUGGCCCCAUAGUUCCAGGAAUCAGCAAGGAGCUUCUGUCACCCAGAAUCCGGCAGCACUUGUUGCAUCAAACGAUGGACCAAAGUUCCAUAUCCUGGAAGCAGAUGCAGUCCUCAGGCCCGCAACCCACAGUUAAGCCUAUGCCUCGCCUUGGCGCCAAAGCCAUCAGCCCUGGCGUGGCAUUCCCACCGCCGGUUCUGAGUACGCCGAUCAACGGCAUUGCGCCGCCGAUCGUGACUCCCGCAAGAAUAUCGACAACGACACCUUCUGGUGCGGUGGUGCCCGUAAAAGCAGAAGGUGGACCUCAAACAGCGUCUAGUCGAGUUGAUGCUGCGGUCGCGGUGUCAAACACUGCGACGAGUGCAUUACUCCAAGAAGUCGCACAAGAGGCGAGGACAAGCGGUAGCUCUGCGCCUGGACACGCAGCCUCUCCCGCUGCAGUUUCCCUCACUUCUCCAGUUGGAAUGCCUCGCACCAGCACAACAUCGAGCGUCGGAGGACACGGUGGUCUGCCAGGAGCCUUGCGUGCACCCAGCAGGUCUUCCUUUGGAUCUGCUGCGGGAGCUCUGACAGGACCUGCAGCCUUCACUUCUUCAGCAGCGUCUCCCAGCGUGGCAGAAGACAGGAGCGCCCAUGCGGUGCACUCCACCACGACAUCUCCAACCACCAUGGCUGUUGCCGGGAUCACCACGUCCAUCCGAAAGGCGUCGGAUACGCUUCGUGGCAAUAGCGUCAUGGUUUCAGUAAACGGCAAAGUCGUGCACAGCUCGCCCGUCGGUGCAGCACGCUCUCCACUGCAGCUACCACGUUCACCUCUUGUGGCAGCAGCGGCUGCCACGGCACCGGCAUCGGGCGGAGCUGUAGUGCAUAUUUCAGCCAGCGAGGCGACUUCCUUUAAAGCAUCAUCUGCAACUAUAGAGCCGGUUUCAAUACGCACCAUGCCCUCGUCGUCUGGAGUACCACAACCGGCUACUGGUGGUGCUUCUGCGGUGGCAUUAUCAGGUAACAUGACGGCUGUCUCUGCGCUACAGGACGACGACUACGAAUCUGUGCCCGACGAGGAUGUCCCUUUGACAGCGCGGCUUUCUCCGCAGAUGGAAGGCGAUGCAUCCUCCCUUGCGAAGCCUCCUGCUCUGAAAAGUUCGGAUGUCGCUGUUGGAGGACCAUUUUCGAAAACUAUACGCACAACGGUUGUAAACCACUCUAGAGAUCAACAGUUUUUCGCCAAUUAUUUCGCAAAUACAGUGUCUGCCUCCUCUUCGUCCAGCAUAGCUGCCAGUCGGCCAGCAGCAACGACUGACACCAACACUAUAUCAGCAUCAGGCGAGCAUGGGGCUACCCUUGGAGUUGCAAAGCGCUCUCGUGAAUCGUCGAAUUUGUACCUGAUGUCACCAGAUUGCGUAGUGGAUGUUAAUGGUGCUGCGGUUUCCGCCAGCGGACCAUCCGGUACUAGUCUUCCUUCAACAGGAACUGCUGCGGGUGUGACAACAACGAAUCUAGCUAGCGGAAAGCCUUCGGCGGCGCCUUCCGUUCCUGCGUUGUCAUCUUCAUCUGCAUCUUCUGUAGCGCCAGGCGGAGUUGGAGGAGGACCUUCAGGCGCAGCAUUAGUUGGAAAUGGAGCAACGUCUUCUGGGGCCGUAGGGAGUUUGUCCGGUUCGGCAGCAUCAGCCUCGAGUCGUCUUGGAAACUUCAUAUCUGCGGGAGCCAGGCGAAAGAACCGCAUCUCCGCGCCGCAGCUGCAGACGAGCGGCUUCGACUUCAAAAAGAGCAGUAGUGGUAGUGACCUCGUGGCUGCUUUAAAUACUACAAGUUCGAGUUCCAACAUCCAUGCGCGCUAUCAACCAUCAACGUCUUCCUCGAUUCAUGCUUAUUGCUCGCCGCUAGCACAGCCGCGUGUCGUGUCCACUGCGAAAAACGUAACAGCAACAACAUCCUCGGUUGUCGUUGGUGUAUCAUCUAGCGCAAAUAAUACCAUUUUUUCGAACAGCGUUUCUUCUAGCAGUGCGAUUUCAUCCGCCACUGGCUCCGGGCUCCCUCCCCCGCUGCCCGUUUCAGCUUCGUCGGCCGCAGCGUCCACAGCAACUGCACGUCAUAGCACCGUGAGCAUGAAUAGCAUGCUUAAGCAAGAUCAGCUUGCUCAUGGUACUACUAGAGGCACUAGUUCUAGUACAACGACCACUCCUGGUGCAGCUAUCAAAAGAGCUAGUGCAACCACUUCAACGACUGCCGUGACAGCUGGCGGCAGCAAUAAUCGCUUAUUAGGGACACCGAAGGAGCAUUUACACUCAGCUCCAUCGUCUCCUUACGAUCCCACGCCGAAUUUCAACUUUACCCGGUUCAUGGACAUGGAGAUAAGCACAGAUCCGAAGAAAAACUCCGCAAACAAGCGUUUAGGCUUCGUGGAUCAGCAUUCGGGGAUGUCCAAAGGUAGCCUGGGAGUUGAUGACGAUAGUGCGCUCAAUAUUAACCUGCAGCAGAUUUCGACUUCAUUUUGGAACAACACGAGUAUCGAGAGUGGUCCCGCAGGAAGUGAAGCUGCUCCGAGCGUUUUGGAUGCAAUCAAGGAGGUAAACCGGACACUGCGCACGGAUCCCCCGGUUGGGGAAGCACGAUAGCACAGUACUUGUUGAGUUGUUAAUCUGAAUACAAACAUGAGAGAGUCAUCAUACCAUUAUUUCCUAUUCAGAAAAGAACUUAGAACUUGUUGAUGUUGUACUUCACUUGUACAAGAACAUGUUGAUCAUCACAUCAUCUUGAUGCUGUCACUUCGC